CUCUCUCUCUCUCUCUCUCUCUUUCGAGUCGACGUCCACCAUGGCCGUCAGCAAGCUCUAUGUGCCCACCCUUAUUGCGGGCAUGAUCAUCACUGGUUCAUCUAAUUCACUCUGGAGCAAAUGGCAGGACAUGCAAUGUGUAGAGAACUGUGAUGAUCGAAUUAUUAGACAUCACGUUCUCUAUGAGCAACCCGUCUGGCAGACACUCCAGAUGUUCCUCGGCGAAAUGCUUUGUUUCCUUCCUGUCAUCUACUCUCUCGUCCAAACCCGCUUCCAGCCAGCCGUCCAACUUCCGCCCGAUACCCAUGACGAUCCUGCGCAUGACUCGCACACGAAGCACUCGCUCAAGGCGCAGCAGCUGCGAGGUUACAAGGUUCUCCUCUUAUGGCUUCCGGCAGCAUGCGACCUUACCGGCACAACGCUCAUGAAUGUUGGCCUUCUCUACACACCCGUCUCCAUUUAUCAAAUGACGCGCGGCGCUCUCGUCCUGUUUGUGGGAAUCCUUAGCGUCCUAUUUCUACAUCGCCGGCUUUGGUUUUACCAAUGGCUAUCUCUCGUGACCGUCAUGCUAGGUGUAUCUAUUGUCGGACUUAGUGGGUCCAUGAUCAAAGAUGCUGUCAAAGAGACUGCAACGGAAAUUAUCAACAUAAUUACCUCGCCGUCAUCGUUGGUCAGGCGGUCCGCAGAUAUUCCGAGCCCGGAUCCUGUUGAAGCACCCGAAGCCACAAAGGUCCUCGUGGGCGUCUUCUUCAUCCUUUUCGCACAAAUAUUUACGGCGACACAAUUUGUCGUAGAAGAGAAGAUCAUGGGCCGAUAUUCUGUCGCGCCUCUUGUCGCCGUUGGCUAUGAAGGUCUUUUUGGCGCACUUACGAUCUUGAUCUUCAUGCCGGUCCUCGCGCAGUUCGCCGACCGUUCGGCGUUCUUCGACCUUCCGCGCGGAUGGCACCAGAUGAUUGAUACCCCGACUGUGCUGUACUCUGGUAUUGCAAUCGCAUGUAGUAUAGCGCUUUUCAACUUCUUCGGCUUGAGCGUAACGCGACAUGUCUCCGCAACGGCCCGUAGUCUAACGGAUACGUGCCGAACACUUAGCAUCUGGAUCGUCUCGCUUGCGCUUGGCUGGGAACGCCUCCUUUGGCCGAUUUCGGUUCUGCAAGUAAUGGGAUUUGCUCUUCUUGUGUAUGGAACGUUCCUGUUUAACGGGCUUGUCGACCCUCCGAAGUUCCUACAACAACGUUCGGAGGUAGAAACAGUUCCCGAGCUUAGGGACCCGGAAGAGCAUGCGCAUCUUGUGAGGGACUCGCUUGAGGAUACUGCGAUACUCCCCGCGGACUUGGGGACGAGUGGGUAUGAUGUUGUCCCCCCGCAUGAGCAUGCGCACCACCCGCAUCUCCAUCACCACCAACAUCCGCACCAAGCUGCUACCGCCGGCACGACUUCCGGAGAUGGGCACGCGUAACCUAGAAGCAAGUAAGUACGUGAGUGGAAGCAGGUUGGUUGGGUGGUUGGGUUAGUAGUUAAUAGAGUGGCGUUGCGAAUUUCGGCUUCGCCUUCGCCUCAUUUUUUUUUCUCGUUUCUUUUUCUCACUUUCAACUUGUCACAAUCACCACCUUGCGUUCGUUCAUCCAUUAGCACUAGUAUGGAAGGUGGUUUAGUCUGCCUCAUGCGUGAUGAGGAGGAACAGGGAGAAUGGGGAUUGGACUUGUUAUGGUAUCAUACAGACCUGUUUCUUGAUCGGUAGAGUUAUCUGCAUCGCGUUGCCGUUGCGACGCGAAUAACGACACACAUUGAUGAUCAUCUACGUGUAUAGUAUAAUUGGC